UUUCUCCAGAGUUUUCUCCGUCAUACCCGGCGGCGCGUUGUCCCCUCCACUUUUCCUGUCCUCGAUCUGCUCGUCUCUGUGUCUCUCUCCUGCGUUGCGUGUACUUGCGUAAGUAAGAGAGGAACCCAUCUCUCUCCUGUUCCGGUCUCUCUCUCCUGCGUUGCUUGCGUUAGGUAAGAAAGGAAUCUCAUGGAGUGGUAAGACUGCAUCUCUCUCUCUCUGUUGGGAAAACAGAGAGUACGGAGGGCGCCGGUGAAGGUUACCUCAGGACAGCCCAGUCCUACCAGUCUGCGGUGUUGUGGGUGCGAUGCAUCCCAACCAAUACGAGGGCACUGGAUCUGUACUCAUGCGCUACGCCCUCUUAGCGUGUCAACGAACGGUGGUAGGAUAGAUUAGAUGUGUCAGAUGUCUGUUAAAUUGUGAGAUGCUACCGAUUUGUUUUUUUUGGUAAAGAAACAUCAAUUAUUGUAGGAUAGAAAAAGAAAGGAUAAGUCGUUCAUGAUUUUUGGAUGCUCCUGGCCUGUCAAGGAACGGCUGUAGGAUAAAUUAUAUGUCUGUCAAAUUGUCAGAUGCUACCGAUUUGUCUUUUUGGGCCAAUAUAAAACAUCAAUUGUUUUUUUGAACCUUUUGGACACAAAUAGAAAGGAUAAGUCGUUCUUGAUUUUUUUGGACGUGGAGACGAUUUGGGCUUUAUAUUUGUAUCUUUCUUUUACUCCGGGAAAUUAUAUUGAAGCACAGAUCUGGUUGAAGAUUACGAAGCGCUUUGAAUUUGAAUAAGACCACGUUCCUUUUUCAUAAAAUGGGUGGUUUGGUUGUUGAUCCAUUAAUCAAAUAAAUUAGGUCGUAAGAUUGAAUCAAGAAUUUCAUUAUGCGAUCUAAUAGGUCAUGGUAUCGAGUGGUUGGAUCAUAGUCUCUUACCAUAAAAAUUGCUGCAUGUGCAGCAGCACCGACUAUCAGAAAUCCGCCAAUCCACAUGUGGUGCGUGAACAAAGGAAAGUUGUGUACCAUAGUCAGUAGCUAGGUAUGGAUAGGGGGGGCAAGUGAUUUUGAAAGGUGGGAUUUGCAGAAGCUUAACUCUAAAUUGGUACCAUUGUCAGUAGCUAGGUAUGGAUAGGGGGGCAAGUGAUUUUGAAAGGUGGGAUUUGCCCAAGCUUAACUCUAAAUUGUAAGUUCUUUCUUUCAACUGAUUUUGAAGGGUGGGAUUUGCCAAAGCUAAACUCUAAAUUGCAUUAGUGCCUUGCUACUCUAAUGUCAUGAAUUUCUGGACGAUUGGGAUUAGUACUCGGCUUGUUUUUCUUAACUUUGACUGUCAAUAGUUUUACAGAACAAGAUUGUAUUACCAUCAGAUUCAUCAUGAAAAGCAGUUUCAUAAUAUAUAUUUUGUCUACUUCAUAUUGUAUAUGUCAUAAAAGGUCGGUAGUGAAUGGUGGUUACGAUGUUGUUUAACCAGUAACUUUGUUAUGACUCUUUGAUCAAUAGUAUUUUAUUUGGAUGUACAUGACAUUCAAGGUGCGACAAGUGAAAUCUGGUGAACAUUCAUGUGAUACUUGCAAAGCUUCAAUUGGACGAUUUUCCGUUACAACCAGAUGAGUAUACAACUUUUACAUGUUUUUUAUUUAAAGUCGUUUAUUCCAUCCUUCUUGUGGAAUUUUAAUCUAGAAGUUACACUCAUGUGUCAGCUCUUAAUUCGUCAAUGGGUCAUUAAUAAUAAGCUUUACUUCAUGUCAACUUUGGUGGUGUUAUCUAUAUUUUGGACUUAGAUUCUUUGUCGUAGAACAUCGAUAAAGAACAAAAAAAAUCUGACUAUUGGAUUUGAACGAUGAAUCUCGCGUUACAAAUUCGAUUCUCUAAUCUCUAAGCUAAGUGGGCUUACAUAGCAGAAAUAGCGUAACAAAUAGAAAUAGGUAAUAGUAUAGAAAUCCGUAAAUUUUGAGAUCUUAGUUAUUAACCUUGCUAGUAACUACUCCCUCCGUCCCAUAUUAAGUGACGAAAUAUUACAUGUAUCUAGACGCGUUUUGGGUAUAGAUGCAUCCAUAUUUGGACAAAUUUGAGUCACUUAAUAUGGGACGGAUGGAGUAAUUCUCAAUUUGAAGUUCUAAUUAAAAUAAAUACUAGGAGACUCUUUGAUUCAAAGUACCAGGGGCCUCUUGAUUCACGGGAUUUAAAAAAUAUAGGAAUUGGAGAAACGUAGGACUAUUUGGAGCAACGUAGGAUUUGAAUGUCAGGGCAUGUUUAAUCCUAUAGAAAUUCAAAAUAUUGGAAUGUAUAUUAAAAGUUGUUUGAUUGCACCACGAGAAAAAUGCAGAAUUUACUUAAAAAAAUUAUGUGCUACUCAUAGUUGUCAUAGAGACACAUUUUCCAUUAGGUUGGACCUCAUGGAAAUUUUCCUUUGGAAUAGCAUGCAAACUAGUCCAUAGAAAAUAUUCCUAUGGUUCCAAAUCAUGCAAAUCAAACGAGCUAUAAUUUUUUUUCCUUAAAAUAGAAUUAACUAAAUUAUCUAUAAAAUUGUUUGAAUCAAAGAGGCCCAACUGCGUGAUUGGGACGUAUUCGCGUGUCUCAAUCGGGGUUUUAUUCCCUUAGUUGCUUCGGCUUCUCUCACGCCUAUUCUUUAGUGGUAGUGCAACGUGCCCGUUGCCAACAGAGUCUGUGUUAGCUCUGGGAAUCUAGUGUGCGCGUAAUGUAUGGUUUGUAGUUCUAACUUGCGUAUCGGUAUCCACCACAACUAUCCGUAUUUGUUUUCACAUUUGAUGGACAUCCGGAAUUUUUUUCGGCCACAAUUAUCCGUUUGUUAGUGCGUGAGUUCAAAUAUACACUUAUACUGUAAAUCUGUAAUCGAGAGCCUUCAAACAAAUAAAAAUAAAAAUAAAAAUCGAAGAGGCCCUAGGCCAUUUUUUUCCCCUAAAAUCAAAUGAAUUUGCAUACCAGCAAACACGUAACUGUACCUGCCUCUAAGAAGUACACGGCGCCCCUCUCUCCCUAGUCCCAACCCUACUAGUCCUGCCUAAGUACCCGGCGGCGUCCCUCUCGGCCUCUCCCUAUUCCCCACCCUACUAGCCCGCGGAGAGUGGUGAGCCCCUAACCUAUGGCGCCGGCGCGAGGUUUCAUGAGAGGCUUCGGGAGGAGGAAGAUAGCUUGGGCAUGGCUAUCCAGUCAACAAAGGCGUCUGGACGGGGAGCAGACGGCCGGUUCCAACGCCCCUACCCAGUCAGUUUCUUCCUCUGGAGUGCUUCAAGCACCUUUUGGUACAUUGGCAAGGCUGAAAUCAAGGAUUGGGGUGCAAAAUAUAUCAAUUGCAGGUGCUCCUUCACAGGUCCAGCAGAUGAAAGAAAAAAUUUACACCAUGGCCACGAAUGCUGGCGAUGAGAGUGAGCUGAACUUUGCUCAUCCUGACAUGAAGCUUAACCUUGGUGAUUCCAAGGGCUUGCUUCAGAGAAUAGCAGCUGAAAUCAAUGAUCUGAAGAAAGAGUUGCACGAAUUUGAGGCCAGAUACAAUAAGCAUGUCAGACCAUUGCUUGUUUCGGCAUGUUUGACUGCCCCAUGUGGGAUUAAUGACCCAUGGAUGGUGUUCUUACAUCGCCAAACAUUUGAAAUAGCUAACCAGAAUCCAAGCUAUUUGAGCAGCUUUGAUAUUAUGCAAUAUGAGUAUGUUUGCAAAGAUAGUGAGUGGGAGAGGUUCGUUAAGCAUUUGAUUGACAGGAGGGUUUAUCCCAUAGAUGAUAUGGGAGCAACCUUUUCCACCAUCGAGACACUCAUGUACGAUCAUGGGUUGAAACAACCUGAUGAUGGGACAGACGAUACAUUCUUUAAAGGUGAAUGCGACGCGUCGUAUGAUCCCAAAACCCACAUAGCAAACCUAUCUUAUAUAAUAUGGAAGGACAACAUGAUAUUCGCUGCAGGAGUUUAUCCAGAUAUCAAAUGCUCUUCUCCUACUGAAGCGGAGAUAUAUGCAGCACUAGCUCUUUUGUAUCAGGCAGAAAAACUCCAAUGCCGUAAAUUGCUAGUUUGUUCAGAUUCUCGAACUGUGACUGGAAUCCUCACUGGGGAGAGACCCAUUGACAUGAAGCAUGAGCACUGUCAUUUGUAUCUUAAAUUGAGACUUAUGAGGAGGCGAUUCGACCGCUUGGUUGUCUCGUGGAAGGCAAGGGAGCUGAUGGUUUUUGCUGAUCAGCUAGCAAAGGAAGAAAAGUCAGUGAAGUUACCACACAGGGAUUCCUCUAAUGCCAUGAAAUUAGCUUGGUCAAAAUGGGGUGGCCACUUGAAAGGUCUUCCUAUCUACAGAAUUGAACGCUCGAGCAGUACAACAAAGGCUAUAAAGAAAUUUGGUAAAGUGGUGCUCAAUGAUGCGUUUGGUGUGGAUGGAAAAUCUAUUCACUGUGUUCAUGUUGAGGAGGAUUGUAAGCUUCAAUGUUUCUGGACUCUUAUUCAUUCCCUGAAGCCUUCUGAAGUGAAGGUGAUAUUGAAGAAUACCGGUGAUAAGUUUGUCUCACUGAAAACUCAAUUGUCAGCUGUUAUUGGCGAAGAUGAUGAAGAGGAGUUUGCACGUAUAACUAGCACAUCAGAUGUUGUUUUGAGUAUUCCGACUCACAAGCUUUUCAACAGCUCUGUCCAGUCAAAGCUUUUGGUUGUUGUUUUGGAUCAUGCAGUGCCGAAACAUGUGUAUUACCAGAAGGGUGCCUUUCAUGUGGUCUUCAUCUCUUCUACCGAUCAAAACCCUGAGGAUAUACCAGAACUUAAUGCGCUCGGAUUCGUCUAUUUUCAUGGAGUCAGGUUCCCACUGAACCGUGAUGAGGAAGAAGGAAAGAAGCAGGGAUAAAAUAUAAACUGAUGAUCUGGAAGAAAAGGAUUCAGACCUUCAGACAUUUACACCUUCUGUUUUCCCUUGCAAUCUCUAUCUUUCUUCUUUCUUGUGCAAUCUCUUAGCACGGUCUUUCUACGUGUACAGUAGUACUAAUCUGGGACAAGAUGUUCCGAAACCUGAAUGAUCUGUUGCAUCUGAAAGUUAAAGUUAUUUGGUGCCUGUGAGAAAGGUUUUGAUAGAAGAUGCUGUAAUAUAAUCGUCUAUGCCAUGCAUUGUGCUGAUUCAACAGCUUUUUAUGUUGCUUAAGCAUGCUACUUCUGCUGCAAGAUCAUUCAUAUAUAAAGAAACACCAAUGUUGUGUAUUUGAUCAA